AAUUUCAAGUAUGAUUAAUGUUCGAGAAGUUAGUCAUAGGAUGCCAUCUUUAGACCACUUUGAAAAAGGGAAAAUUGGCGAACUAAAAUAUUUGUUAAAACUUCAUGAUGCAGGUAGAUAUGGGGACUUGAGUUUCGUUGUUCAAGUUAAGUUCUGGGCCAACCCACAUAAUAGUUCUCAAUUCAAUGAAUUCAAACAAUUUAUUAUAGGCUUUGAAAGGGAACCAGUUAACACUAUUGGCUUUUUUGUAUUCACGGUUGAAGAUGUGUAUGAAAAAAAUGAAGAUUACCAAGCCAAACGAGUUUUUGACAUCAAAAAUAUUUAUCCAAUUAUGAAAGAAUAUGAUUUUGAAAUUUAUGAUGUGAAUAAAGACGAUGCUUUGGUUGGGGAUAUAGGGCUUGAUUAUGUUGGAGAAUUUAUGGGAAUCAAUUUUUCUAUUAGAGAUGAGAGUGAGAAUGGUGGCAGCUUAAUUAUUACUGAACAUGAAAUGAUAAAACUUAAACGUAGAUAUGUUCAUAAUAAUUAUGUUGGGUUUGUUAUUAUGAAUGAAGAUGAUUUAAAAUAUGAGCUACAACCUGACAAAGGCAAUAUCAUUUAUGCUACUUGGAAUUCUUUCUCCUCAUUUUUGAAAGAUAGGGUUAUCAAUAAGCUUACGGAGGAAAAUAAUAAUUUGAGAUAUAAAGAAGAUAAGGAUACUGAGAUGAACUA